UCAGCUCUUCAUGUCGGUAUGGGCAGCAGAUCUACGUUCCCUCUCUAUCCUGUGAUUAUUGCGAAGAUGGACGUACUUGUAACCAAAGAUAGAGGACUAUCAGUGCAAAGAGACUAGCAGCCAUGAUGACUGCAUGUUCUACAUGGGUAGGCCUGUUUAUGAUGUUUACUCAGAUUGCAUUUUGCUAGUGUGAAAUGGGUUAAUGUGCAUUCAAUGUGCAUCCAAUUCACAUUUGCUACGAAGUUGAUCACAUGCCAAUUGAAGUGCUUCAAGUGUGAACAGGCCUUAAAGCUGCAAAUUAAAUUGUCAUACUUAACUAAACACCACUCCACAAGAUUACUUACUUACGUAAUUAAUUAAUUAAUUAAUACUACUUCAUCAACUCUAGAUGCAGGGUUCUAGCCAGGCAUGCCAAGGCAGCGGUUCAGAGCUGACUAAUACGCCUCCAACAUACGAGCUACGAAUGUAGUAGAUGUACUGUACGCCACACAUGCACAUGUGCACUCCAUUUCCAGAAGUUAUGACAAAGGGGAGGGAUUAGCUGCAUAGUGUCCAUUCAUUAGGCCACACCGAAAAAAUUCUACGUUUCGAGUAACCCGUCAGUUUUUUCAAAUUCUUUUUGCGACAACCGUUUUGGCACAUGUUGCAUGCAAGUGUGUGUAUAGUUCCAUUGUGCAGUGCUCAUCGGUACAAUGCCAGACAGCACAUAUCCCCAAAUUUAGCGCAUAUUAGAAAAUUCGCCCUGCAUAUUUUUAAACAUUUUUACAUAUGCAAAUGAUCACCAUGAGAAGCCCUACAGAAUGCCGUCGGUUUUGACCAUGUGGUUUGCAAGAUAAAAAGUGUAGAUUGGUGAACGCUGAUUGGCUGUCUAAAGGGUGUGGCUGCAUUGUAAUGGUUUGGCACAUCAUUGCCGUGGAUACCGUAUUCUCUCAGUCCUCUCACUUCCAUCACCAAGGACACCACGCGUUGGAGUAAGAUGAAGAAACAACUAGACAGGGUUGCAGCUAUGAAUGAAAAAAGGUUGAAGCUUAGACCAUUUGAAGAGGAAGGGGGCCCUUUGGAACCAGAGUGUCAUGCAAAGGCAGGCACUGAAACAUUAGACGGGGACAGCGAUUCGGUGCAGUCUGUUAACGAUGAAGAUGUUUGGAGUUGUCUGGAUGACUGGAUAAGAGCUUUGAGAAUUGUAGAUACAAAGAUGCUGUUGUUGUUGCUUUUUGAGUUUUACCGUAGGGAGACAUCGCAGACUGUCAAGAGGGCCGUAGGUGUUGUGUCGCAGAUAGUACACAAAAAUGAGGGGACCAUCAGAGAUUGGCGGAACAACUUUAGAUGCAACUGCGGUAAGUUUCUAGAUGGCAAAGGUCACUAUCAGUGGAGCAGCAUCAUGCAUGAUGAGGAGUGUCGACGGAAAGCAACUAGGUCGGCUCGACAGCACAGCUGCACGAAGGGAAGGCCUAAUAUCACCGCCUCUGACUUCUGCUGCUACAUUAACACUGACCUUCUACCCAACACCUCCCAUACUCCAGGUUUUUCGACGAGAAUUAGUGUGAAAACAGCAUGCAGGUUUUUGUGUGACCUAGGUUUUUAGCGAGUGGAUUCGAGCAAAAAGGGCAUGUACAUUGACAAUCACGAAAGGCAAGAUGUUGUAGAAGGACGUACUAGAUAUUUAGACUGUGUGCAUGCAAUAGAACCUAACCAUCUACCUCCUCCCAGUCCAUCUGAUGUUUUGCAGGAACACCAGUCUGAUCAUAUGAAGGACCAAGUAGCCACUAAAGGGUUAGUUACAAUCUUUCAUGAUGAGUCAACUUUUCGGUCUCACGAGGACCAGCAUUACACGUGGUGCCAGCCAGCCAGACUGCAAUCAAGCCAACGUCAAGAGGUUUCGGUAGGAUGGUAAGCAACUUCAUCGAUGAAUAUAGUGGUUAUCUAAAACUGAGUCCCUCAGAGGUGGAAGGAGCCAGAGUUAUUAAUCCAGAAAUCACUAAUGAGGCUAGGCAGAUUAUAGAAUACGAAGGGAACAGGGACAGAUACUGGACGGGUGACAAGUUUAUGUCUCAAGUAAAACGUGCUGUGGCUAUUGCAGAGAUCAAAUAUCCUAGUCAGAGUUAUGCUCUGUUGUAGAUAUUUGAUCAGAGUUGUAACCAUACUGCAAAAUCACAUGAUGCACUAGUUGCUAGUCGCAUAAACAUGGGAUUAGGAGGAAAAGAACAGCACCUUGUCACUGGGGAGGGAGUUCUGAAGGGUCUAAGAAUGGUCUUAACAAAGCGUGGCAUUAAUGUUAGUAAUGUGUGUAGAGAUCAGAUGGUGUCUGUCUUGUCUGAGCAUGAUGAUUUUGCAAAUGAAAAUCUUUGUAGAGUUAUAUUUAGAAUCUAGAGGCCAUUAUUGUUUGUUCAUCCCUAAGUAUCACUGCAAAAUUAAUCCUAUAGAGAGAGUGCGGGGGAAUGCGAAAAAGUAUACUAGGACAUAUUGUAAUUAUUCAAUCACUGGCUUGCGUAAAACCAUGACACCUGCUCUAGGGACAGAGAAGGCAAGAGGACUGGAAAGGAAGUGGGAGAUGCUGUAAAGUUGCACAAGAGUCAUCGAAAGGUCAAGGAGAACAGAUAGCUAGCAUUUCUAUUGAACUCAAGUGUUUAGACAUGUUGUAAUAAUGUUUCAGUCGCAUCUUGUAUUAUGUACAUUAAUCACGUGACCAAUUGUAUAUUUUAGUAUCAUGCCUAUGAGUGUCAUUCACACUGCACCUAGAGAAAAAUUUAAAAAUGUGCGUCUGUGGA